UUUAUUAUAAUGUCCAUUAAUAUCUUUUUUGAUAAACCUUGCUUAACUAUCUACAGGUACAUAAUUUUAAUGAUUAUAAUUAGAGGAGUAAUAAUUAUAUUUUCAUAUUUUGUAUAUCUUAUUAAUUUAGUAAAAGAAGGUAUUAAUAAAAUAAGUAUAAUUAUUAUUUAUUUAUAUAUAACUUUUACUCUAUUUAUAUCUUAUAUAAAAUUAACUAUUCUUUUUAUUGAAAAACUUUAGUUCAAUUAAUGAAAAUGAAUGAUGUUUGUUAACAAAAAUGUUUGUUUUUCCUAAUUUCUACAUUUUAAUCAUAAUGAUUUCUUUUGUAUUUCUAGUACUUUUUGUAUGUUCAAAAAUUUACUUUACAAGAAGAAAGAAGUCUCUUCGAAACAAAGAAC